AAAGGGCCGUCUUUUGAAAAGCUUGAAUUCUACUACGCAUAUCUUUGAUGCUAUCAAUCACUAACUCCACCAUGAAUUCCAUCUCCUUCUCCAUAAAUCUCUCUCCUUUCUCUCCUCAUCCUCCUCCUCCUCCUCGUCCUUACCCUUGUUCUUGCUCUUAUUCCCUUUGUUCUUCUCUUUCCUUCGUUCCCAGAAGGUCCUUGCCGUUGCUUUCAAGGCAUCCAUUGAAGCAAAGAGAGCUCCUUGCGAGCAAUACGAUGAUCAGUGGGGAGGUGAAUGAAGAAGAGGAGAUGCCUCCGCUGUUGGAUGAUGCCGAGCUGAACUCUAAGCCCCGCCGCAUUGCUCUCUUUGUUGAGCCUUCCCCCUUCGCAUAUGUUUCUGGUUAUAAGAACAGAUUUCAGCAUUUCAUCAAGAAUCUCAGGGAAAUGGGAGAUGAGGUCAUUGUUGUUACAACCCACGAAGGAGUGCCUCAAGAGUUCUAUGGAGCAAAAUUAAUUGGCUCAUGGAGCUUUCCCUGCCCAUGGUAUAAAAAGGUCCCAUUGUCACUAGCCCUUAGCCCUCGAAUUAUUUCAGAAAUUGCCAGGUUCAAGCCAGAUAUAAUACAUGCUUCUUCACCUGGAAUUAUGGUUUUUGGUGCUCUAAUAAUUGCCAAGUUGCUUUGCGUACCUCUAGUAAUGUCGUAUCACACUCAUGUUCCCAUUUACAUUCCGAGAUAUACCUUUAGUUGGUUGGUGAAGCCUAUGUGGAUGAUCAUAAAAUUCCUUCAUAGAGCUGCUGAUCUUACACUAGUCCCUUCGGCAGCCAUCAGCAGGGAUCUUCUAGCUGCUCGUGUCACAGCAGCAAACAAAAUACGCCUGUGGAACAAGGGCGUUGACUCUGAAAGCUUCCAUCCACAAUAUCGGAGUCACGAAAUGCGUGAAAGGCUAAGUGCUGGUGAAACUGAAAAACCACUAUUGAUUCAUGUUGGUCGUCUGGGAGUAGAGAAGAGCUUAGAUUUCCUCAAAAGGGUUAUGGAUAGACUGCCUGGAGUAAGGAUUGCAUUCAUAGGAGAUGGACCAUAUAGAAAUGAGCUGGAGAAGAUAUUCGCGGGAAUGCCAGCAGUGUUCACGGGCAUGCUUCUAGGCGAAGAGCUAUCUCAGGCAUAUGCCAGUGGUGAUAUAUUCCUAAUGCCAUCUGAAUCCGAAACUCUAGGACUUGUUGUAUUGGAGGCCAUGGCAUCUGGUGUUCCGGUUGUGGCUGCUCGUGCUGGAGGGAUACCCGACAUCAUUCCAGAGGAGCAAGAAGGCAAAACCAGCAUCCUCUACACUCCCGGUGACCUUGACGAUUGUGUGAGCAAGCUCGAACAACUGCUGUCAAACGACGAAGUCAGACUAGCCAUGGGCAGGGCUGCUCGAGAAGAGAUGGAGAAGUAUGAUUGGCAUGCCGCCACACGAAAAAUACGAAAUGAGCAAUACAAUGCAGCUAUCUGGUUCUGGAGGAAAAAGAGAGCACAACUACUUAGGCCCAUCCAAUGGUUAGCCAGGAGAAUUUUUCGGUCACCAGCGAUCACAUACACCUGAUCAAUCUUGUUCAGAAUUUCAUAUUCAAUACAAAACAAGUUUGAAUCAAUGUUGUGAGUCUGUUCAUUCA